GGUGUGGAAGACUUCGGAAACAGGGAAGAACGUUCACAAAAAGAACAAGAACACUCUCAGGAAAUCAAUAGACCUUCAUUUCAGAAACUCCCUUCAAGGUUUCUUCAUUCCGCCAUCCUGAAGGUGCCCCCACUCAAACUGUGGACACGAAGAGCUUUCAAUUCCCAGAUUAAUUUUAUACCUAGUGGCAGUGCAACUUCAGAUACACAACGACUCGACAAAUAA